AUGCAGAGCUCUCUCCCCGGGGGCCAGGUCAGCCCCCCUGCCCUGGACACGCUUAGCCUGGUGGACCGGAGCCCAGGAGAUGCAGGGACCUCCAGCCCCGCCCCCGCCGUGGACCCCUGGGCCCUCCCCCAGCUGAAGGACACGGGCCAGCCCUGGAGAGAGCUCGGUGCGGCCGGCAGGGCCCGGCGCGUGCUGCUCGGCUUCCUCAAGGCCUGCGGGCUCCUGGGCAGCCUCUACCUCUUCGUCUGCUCCCUGGACAUCCUCAGCUCCGCCUUCCAGCUGCUGGGCAGCAAGGUGGCGGGGGACAUCUUCAAGGACAACGCGGUGCUGUCCAACCCCGUGGCCGGGCUGGUCAUCGGCGUGCUGGUCACCGUGCUGGUCCAGAGCUCCAGCACGUCCUCCUCCAUCGUGGUCAGCAUGGUGGCCUCCAACUUGCUGCGCGUCCGGGAGUCCGUGCCCAUCGUCAUGGGGGUCAACGUGGGCACCUCCAUCACCAGCACGCUGGUCUCCAUGGCGCAGUCGGGGGACCGGGACGAGUUCCGGAGGGCCUUCGGCGGCUCCGCCGUGCACGGCAUCUUCAACUGGCUCACCGUGCUGGUCCUGCUGCCGCUGGAGAGCGCCCUGGCCCCGCUGGAGCGGCUCAGCGAGCUGGCCCUGCGGGCAACCAGCCUGGAGCCCGGGGCGCAGGCACCCGACAUCCUCAAGGUGCUGACGCAGCCGCUCACCCACCUCAUCGUGCAGCUGGACGCUGACGCGAUCGCCAACAGCGCCACGCACAACGCCACCAACGGCAGCCUCAUCAAGCACUGGUGUGGCGCCAGGGAGCCCGCGAUCCCAGGGAACAGCAGCGACUGUGGGGCGGCGACCCCGGGCCCCUGCCCCGAGACCAACGGCUGGACCACCGCGGAGCAGCUGCCUUGCCACCACCUGUUCUCGGGCACGGCGCUCUCGGACCUGGCCGUGGGCCUCAUCCUGCUGGCCGGCUCCCUGCUGGUCCUCUGCUCCUGCCUUGUGCUCGUCGUCAAGCUGCUCAACUCGCUGCUGCGCGGCCGCAUCGCCCAGGCCGUGCGCGCCGUCAUCAACGCCGACUUCCCCUUCCCGUUCGGCUGGCUCAGCGGCUACCUGGCCAUCCUGGUGGGCGCCGGCAUGACCUUCGUGCUGCAGAGCAGCAGCGUCUUCACGGCCGCCAUUGUGCCGCUCAUGGGCGUGGGGGUGAUCAGCCUGGAGCGGGCCUACCCCCUCUUGCUGGGCUCCAACAUCGGCACCACCACCACGGCUCUGCUGGCCGCCCUGGCCAGCCCCCCGAGAAUGCUGCCCAGCGCGCUCCAGGUGGCCCUGAUCCACUUCCUCUUCAACGCGGCCGGGCUCCUGCUGUGGUACGCGGCGCCCCCGCUGCGGCUGCCCAUCCCGCUGGCCCGGCGCUUCGGGGACCUGACGGCCCGCUUCCGCUGGGUGGCGGCGGCCUACCUGCUGCUCAGCUUCCUGCUGCUGCCGCUCGCCGCCUUCGGGCUCUCGCUGGCGGGGCCGGCGGCGCUGGCGGGGGUGGCGGGGCCGCCGCUGGCGCUGCUGCUGCUCGCCGCCCUGGUCACCGCGCUGCAGCGGCGCCGGCCGGCCUGGCUGCCCCGCGCGCUGCGCUCCUGGGCCUGGCUGCCCCGCCCGCUGCGCUCGCUGCAGCCCUGGGACCGCCUGCUGCGGCGCUGCUGCCCCCGCGGGCCCGCGCCCGCCGCCGCCAAGGGGGGCCGCUGCUACGACAACCCCCAGAGCCCCGGGAGCCCCGGGGGCCCCGCGGUGCUGGCCUCCCAGCGGCUGUGA